CAUAGACUUCGGAACGCGGGUGGUAGUUGCGGGGAACCAAGCUGCCUCGGUCUGAGAGCGGCUCACUCGUAGCUGAGUACGUAUCUGACCUUGGGGCAAUAUCUGACGAUCUCGAAAACAUGGAUUCCUCCAUCUUCCAUAGUCUUUCUGGACUGUCCGUCGCUUCAGCAUGGCAGUCAGUCUCCCUACAGUCGCAGCAGCUCUGGCCGGUGGGCUAGCCACUGCUGCGUACCUUGACGCAAAGUUUCUUAUCAGAGACGAUCUCAAGCAAGGCAGUCUAGCCGGUAGCACCCCCAAAGCCGUCGCAUACCUCGCGGAACGAGUAAAGCAAGAUAGAUUCUUCCUAUACCACAUCAUCGAAGACCAUGCCCUGGGCAAGAACGCAGACAAUCUCUUCCUGAUCUUCGAAGACCGUCAAUGGACAUAUAAGCAGUUCUACGACGACAUCCAAAGAGUGGGACAAUGGCUCCUGCAAGACCUCAACGUUCAGAUACAAGAAAUUGUUGCAGUCGAUGGUGGGAACAGUCCAGAGUUCUUACUGCUCUGGUUCGCUCUCGAAGCCAUCCGUUCAUGUCCGGCUUUCAUCAAUUGCAAUCUGACAUCCGGCCCGCUCAUCCACUCCGUCAAGCUCUGUGACGCACGAUACAUCCUCGCCGACCGCGGAACGCAACGUCUGGUGCAGCCCUGUGAGAAAGACCUCGAAGCAGCCAACAUAAGAACCAUAUACUACGACGACGCCUUCAUCAAUUCACUCCCUAGCCGCGGACCCCUUCCACGAUCCCGCCAAAUCGGUGCCGACCCAUCAGAACUAUGCAGUCUGAUCUACACUUCCGGCACGACUGGCCUGCCAAAAGGCGUUGUUAUGCGUCGUGGCCGUGACCUCAACACCGCCCGUGGUAUAUGCGAAUACCUCGACCUCAAACCCGGCAACAGGAUGUACACCUGUCUCCCUCUUUACCACGGCGCAGCUCACGGCCUCUGCAUCUCACCCGUCAUCUUCGGCGGCGCAUGUGUCGUUCUUAGCCGCAAAUUCAGCCACAAGACUCUAUGGCCCGAGGUGCGUAAAUCCCGUGCCGACAUCCUCCAAUACGUCGGGGAACUAUGCCGAUACCUUGUCAAUGCACCUCCGUCACCUCUCGACAAGCAGCACAAUGUGAAAAUGGCCUGGGGUAAUGGCAUGCGCCCGGAUGUGUGGGAAGUGUUCCGCCAGCGCUUCGGCAUUGAGACCAUCAACGAAUUGUACGCAGCGACCGACGGCCUCGGCGCCUCCUUCAACGCGAAUAAAGGCGACUUCGGUCGCGGCGCAGUCGCUCUCCGCGGAGCAUACUGGCAAUACCUCAACUCAGCCAACGAAAAGCGCGUGCGCAUGGACAUUGAGUCAGGCGAGAUCGUGCGAGACGCAAAUGGAUUCGCCAUGGAAUGCGGCGUCGACGAGCCAGGCGAAGUGCUGCAUCGUAUUGACCCUACCAUGGCGCAAUUCACGACGUACUACAAGAACGACGAGUCGUGGACGAAACGUCAACUGCACGAUGUUUUCAAAAAGGGAGACAUGUGGUUCCGGUCCGGCGACAUGAUGCGCCAGGACCGCGAUGGCAGAGUGUACUUCGUGGAUAGGCUCGGUGACACCUUCCGCUGGCGCAGCGAGAACGUUUCAACAAAUGAAGUCAGCGACGUCAUGGGCCGAUUCGACCAAGUUGCUGAAGCAAAUGUUUAUGGCGUCGCCGUGCCUCAUACGGACGGACGCGCGGGUUGUGCGGCAAUCGUGCCAGCCGACAAUGUUACAGCUGACACGCUCGAUCUAGCUGGUCUGGCUGCUCACGCUAUAUCCAUGCUGCCGCGCUAUGCUGUGCCUCUUUUCUUGCGGGUGGUUCCGCAGCUCGAGUACACUGGCACCAUGAAGAUGCAGAAAGGUAGAUUACGGAAUGAGGGCGUCGAUUUAGAGAAGAUCACCGCGUCAAGUUCAAAUGAUCGCAUGUUCUGGCUGCCUCCCGGUUCAGAUCGGUACGUCGACUACACACAACAGGCGUGGGAGGAUCUCAAGGCCGGGAAGGUGAGGUUAUAAUACGGCAACUUUACCUCAAUAGAGAAAUUAGAUGCCCUCCCUACAAAGG